AUGUAUAAUGCCACGGGCAUCUCUACUCCUCAACAAGCCAAACUUAAGCUUUCAAAGUAUGGGUCUGAUUAUUUUGAUGAUCCUGUAGCUUACAUAUCCAUAGUUGGUGCUCUUCAAUAUGUUACUAUUACUCGGCCAGAAAUAGGAUAUGUUGUUAAUAAAGUGUGUCAAUUUAUGGCACAACCACUUACUUCUUAUUGGAGUGCUGUAAAACGUAUUCUGCGAUAUCUUCGUGGAACUGUUGAUUUUGGCUUGCAUUUUCAAUCUGCUUCUACUACUGCUCCUCUAUCUUUGCAAGGUUUUUCAGAUUCUGAUUGGGUAUUUGACGUGGAUGAUAGACGCUCUACAUUUGGGGCUUGUAUAUUUUUUGGUCCCAACCUUAUUUCAUGGUGGUCUAAGAAGCAGACUCUUGUAGCUCACUCCACUGCUGAAGCUAAGUAUCGCAGUUUAGCGUUGGCUACUUCUGAAAUUUUAUGGAUUCAAUCUUUGCUUAAUGAAUUACAAGUUCAGAUUCCAACUCCAGUUCUUUAUUGUGAUAAUCAGAGUACUAUAUCUCUAAGCCAUAAUCCAAUUCUUCAUUCCAGAACUAAGCAUAUGGAACUUGAUAUUUUCUUUGUUAGAGAAAAGGUUCUCAACAAAUCUUUAAUUGUCUUCUAUGUGCCAACUCAAGCUCAAGUUGCUGAUAUACUAACCAAGCAUGUCUCUAAAGUUCAAUUAUGCAGUUUUAGAGACAAACUCAAGGUUCUAGGUUCAUCCCAACCUAAGUUUGUGGGAGAGUAA